AGUUAUUGAUGGUGCAUCAGUUUGAUCAAAUGUGUGAGCGAUUGAAGAAGUUAAUGGGAUGAGUAAAGUCUUUUACUAAUCAAAAGAAAUAUGAAAUUUGUGGAAAACUACAAAAACAGCAUGAUACAGUAAAAAGACCAAAGAGCGAAUCUUUGCAGUAACCGAACGAGUGAAAGAACAACAUGGUAAUUCAAUCGAUGUGCAUUGUAUGGAGUUUCCUAAGUGAACUGAAACAAUGCAAGAACGCGCAGCCACGACUUCAAGGGGGUAAUCCUGCUAGUGAUUGAGUGACACUGCUAGAGACAUUACUGCCGGUUCUCUGCCCAGGAAACACCAACCGAUUCGGAGAGGUGUUGUUUUGUUACUAUAUACAUUAUAUGGUUAUGUACAUUUAUAUAGUUAAAUGACAAUAAACCUGACUCCUGAAGCUCUGCCUGAGCUAUUAUAACUUUGAAUAGUCUCCCUGUACAGCACCACCAUCCGAACUGUGCAGAAUUACAGCCCACAUCUGUCAGACACAACAGAAUGGCACCACCUUAACUCUGAGGAAUUACAGGAUGAAUGUGACAUGGACUCUACGCAGUCCCCAGCGAUUCAAGUGAAAAUAACCAAUGAAACAAUAAAAUUGACAGCUAUGUCACAAGUUGCUCUAAUAAAGACCAAGGGAGUGAAGACGCACAGGACUGCAGAUAAAACUAUUGCUAAUCAAGCUGUUGCAAGUGCCAGCAUUACACCUUACGCUCUCUGGCAGUUCAGGAAGAUGAUACGGUGUGUGCUUCCUGACAGUUCUCCCAUCCUGGACUUCAAUGAUUAUGGGUGUAACUGUGGCUUUGGUGGUACUGGAAAAUGUGUUGACGAGUUGGACAGGUGUUGCCUGAAUCAUGACAGAUGCUAUCACAAUGCAAAAGUUGAUCUCUGCAGUUUUCUGGUAGACAGCCCUUACAUUGAACUUUAUUCCUACUCUUGCUCUGGAAAUCAGAUCUCCUGCAGCAGCAAGAAUGAUCCCUGUGAGGCUGCUAUUUGUAACUGUGACCGCACAGCAGCCAUCUGCUUCUCCAAGGCCCCUUACAACCCUGAGUAUAAAGAUCUGGAUAAGAAGAAGUACUGCUGACAGCUGGGCAGAGUUAAAAAUUAAUAAAAUGUUUUUUUCUGUUUCUUUGUGCAUCGAUUACUAAAUGAUUCAAAUCUGAACAUGAACAGAGAAGGCAUUCCAUUGGAAUCUAAAUUUAGUUGGUCAAAACAUAAGUGAUUAGUGCAUGCAACUGAUUAAUGUUUUAGAAGAUAGCAAUCUACAGAGUACAUUGUAGAUUCCUUAAUAUUUCAACCGUUAUUCCUCAGUUGUACAGUACUACUAAUCCCAUAGUAUCCAGUGUUUAGUCUUUGCAAUGAAUGAUCAAUGUCUCUAACGUCCUGAUCCCACAACCCCUGAUGUAUGUUUGUGUAUUUAAACAUCUGACUUCAUGAUCUCCAAUAGGUCCUGCCUUGCUGAUCGUUUGCUACUUAAUGACAUUGCUUAAAAUCCAUUGUUAAUCUGUUUAAUAAAAGGGAUAAUUAAACCAAACAUGCUAAUUGGUAGUUUAAUUGAUUAAGCCGUUCCUCAUGUAGAUGGAUGGCAAAACAAAUCAGGUGGGGGAUUUAUUUGAAAGGAAUGUUGGAACAAUAAAUGAGAUCAGUGGGUGCUGGAUAAUUGAUUUAGAAUGAUAGUUCAUUGGGUCUUGAAUUCAAGAGUACUGACACAAUGUAGGAAUGUAGCUAGGAUAGAAAUUGGAAUUACAUAAUGGAAACAGCACAUUUUCUGUUUGUUUAAUUUGUAUGUCAUCUCUCUGCAAAAGUAAUGCAGCCAAUCCCACUCUCCUUCUCUCUCUGAGCGCUACAAUUUUUAUUCUUGUUUAUGGCAGUUGUAAUAUACCUGUAGAUGGCCUAUCUGCAAGACAAAUGCAUCUAUUUACACUAUCUGUCAAAUUCACUGUGUCGUAAAUCAAAGGCAGGGAUGGCAACCCACUGGCAUUCAGUGAAUUUAUAGCACAAAACUUUAUUGGAGUCAAAUUUAAUGUUAAAAUCAUUCUCCAGCACUCUGUCUUCUAUGUAUAAUUUAUCACACAUCUUAACUUAGACAUUUUCUGAUUGAAAAAGAUGGCACUGGAAGGGAGUGACUUUUCUGUGUAGCUCCUGAGGGAAUUAUCAUACACUCUUUUUUACAGUAAGUAAUAUUGUUUAAAGUUAUUUGAUAGAACUAGUGACCUUCAGUACUGAUAGUCUGGGGACUCCAGACCAACCAGGGAAUGAGUGCAGCUGGGGAGCAGAUACAGGAGCCUUAAGACUCAGUCAAUGUUUUAGCAACAUUCCACCAUCAGAUUUCUGAAUGGUCCAUGAAUACUAUCACCUUUGUCCUCUAUUCUAUAAUUUAUUUUUGUGAAGUACUGUAAUUUUUAUGUCUUGUACUAUACAUUUGCUGUAAAACAAAUUUCACAACUACGUCAGCAAUAAUAAACCUGAUUGAGAUCUAAGUCGUAAACAACUUUCAAAAGAUGUAAGGUAAAUUGAAAAGUGAUUCUUAGAUUUCAUUUAAUCUAAGCAUUUCACCUAAUUUCAUACAGAGCAACCAAAACAUUUUCUAAUUAAAUAUUCACUAUUUCUUUAUAUAAUCAUUUGAAAAGGACCCUUGUUUUUAUUUUCAAGUUUUUCCUUUGAUAGCAAGUCUACCGAAUGAACAUUAUGUUUAAAGCAGUAGGAUUUAUAUUGAAAAUUUAUGUACGUUUACCUUUUUAUAAUUUGAAAGAUAAUGCAAAAGGAACAUAGAAAAUAGGAACAGGAGGAGGUCCUUUGAUUCAAAAUGAUCACGGCUGAUUCCAGUGAUCUGUUCCUGCUUGUUCUUACUUGUUGCCCUAAGAUCAAUAUCUCUCACCUUCUUGAAAAAGACAUAGGAGCAAAUUUAGGCCUUUUGGCCUAUUGAGUCUGUUCUACCAUUUGAUCCGAGCUGACAUAUUUCCCUCAUACUGAUUCACCUCCCUUUUCCCAACCUUUGAUGCUCUUACUAAUCAGGAACCUAUCAGCUUUCCCUGUAAAUAUACCCAAUGACUUGGCCUUCACAGCUGCCUGUGGUAAUGAGUUGUUCAGAUUCACCAUCUGGCUAAAGAAAUUCCUCCUUAUCUGUUCCAAAGGGACGUCCUUCUAUUCUGAGGCUGUGUCCUCUGGUUCUAGAUUCUUCCACUAUUGAAAACAUAAGUUUCAAUCAGAUUCCAUUGUAUCCACUUCCACCACCACCACCGGCAGUGCAUUCCACACACCCACCACUCUCUGUGUGAAAAAAUUUACCCCUGACUCCGCUCUGUACCUAUUUUCAAGCUCCUGGAUUCAAAUUCUCUGCCACAAAGGCCAAUAUACCAUUUGCUUUUCUAUCUGCCUGCUGCACCUGCACAUUUACACCCAUCACUGAUAUAUAUGAACAAGCUAGUCUCCUUAUAACCCCACUUUCCUCAUCUAUCUUGGAGGACAUGCACAGAGACACUCCUGUAAUCACUCCUUCUCUGUGAUUACUACUCUACCUACAGGUGUUCUGUACUUUUUCUCUCUGUGCAGCCAUUACUUGAGAUGUUACCACCCCAGAAUCAGAAUCAAGUUGAUUACCUCUGCCAUAUAUCAUGAAAUUCAUAGUUUUGCAGCAAUAAUACAGUGUAAGGCAUAAAAGUUACACAAAUUAUCAGUGUAAAAAAGCAGUAACAAGAUAUUGUCAUGGAUUCAUCAAUAUGUUUGGCCCAAGAUAGAGCCUCAGUGUUGUUGAUGCUCCAAAGUGGGCCCAUUUGCAGUUCCAGCUGCACAAUAUGGUCAGUCAGGAGCUGCAACUGGACACGCUUCCUAUAAGCAUGGUGACCUGGGAGACGAGGUGCUAAUUUCACAACAGACUUUAUUCCAUUCCAAACUCUUCCUACUACAAUCCUGAGUCCCAACAUUUACUUCAGAGAAUGGAGAUGUAUUAAAAGGUAGAAAUGCCCAUUUGUUGCUUCUUGCCGAACAACUGUCUCCCCUUGGAAUGCACUACUCUUUGUAUGAUGAUGUUCCUCACAGUCUCUUUGAAAGCAAGAGGGUCUGCCUUUCCUUCUUCUAAACCUCUCACAGCCCACUGGCUCUCAACAACCUGUUAAUGGCUAACUUAUGACUUUCAAUCCUUCACACUUAAGUUCAAUUGUAAAAAUAAUGUCUAAAUAUAAACUUGGUUUAAUUUUUCUAAAUCAGUAAAAAAAAAGUAUGAAUUCUUUUAAAUGAUGAAUACAACUGAACAGUAAGUUAAAUGAUAUUCCAUAUCAAUUUGUCAUCUUUGACAUCAAAUCCCUGAUCUCACAGGAAUAUAUUACUCACCAGUCCUUGCUAAAUAAAUGGUUUUAAUAUAAUUUAAACAAUUUUUCAAAAGUUUCUACUCUCCUCCAAAAAGUAUGACAAAUAUCAGUGUCUCUUACUGCUUCCUGGCACUUUAGCCAUGAUUGAGUCUGUUGACUCAAUGUUGAAUGUUGAUAGGUUAGUUAUUCACAAUAGGCAAUAACACAACCCCAAGCACAUGGACUUUCCAUCCCUAGUUAGAAAUUGGAAGCAUUGUUAUUUUGCCCUCCCAAUCCUGCAAUACACUUACUCAGCAUUGACAAGAUUAGAGUUUAAUGCUGUGCCAGCUGGUACAGUUUAUCAAGAGAUAGGAAGCAUUCAAACCUUAACUUCAAGGCAAUCAAUAUUCCUAUCCUCAGCUAUGGAAAUUCAACCUUGGAAGACUAGCUAACACAAAGAGAUCUAUAUUCACCAGUUUGUCUGGAUGUACUUUAUUGCCCUUAGGGAUUUGGAAACAGAUUCUCUUAAACUGUUUGCCCUUUACACUCCAAAUUAAAACACUGAGACCUGUUAACCUCAGCAACUGAUGGAUGUAAAAUUCAAAUGUGCUUGUGAAAUUCCACACUGUGUAUUCACUUGGAAAGAAAUCAAAAUCAGAUCAGAUUUAAUAUCACUGGCAAAUGUCGUGAAAUUUGUUAACUUUACAGCAGCAGUACACUGAAAUACAUGAUAAAUAUAAAGAAAAAUACUGAAUUACAGUAAGUAUUUGUCUAUUUAAUAGCUAAGAUAAAUAGUGUAAAAGCAUUUAGAAAUCUGAUGGCAGAUGGGAAGAAGCUGUUCCUGAACUGCUGAGCGUGUGCCUUCAUGCUUCUGUACCUUCAACCUGAUAGUGACAGUGAAAAGAGGGCAUGUCCUAGCAGAAAGCUUAUAUAUGUAGGCUUGGAGAAAGUUUUACUUUCACUGAAGUUUUCUAGUGUAGUGUGUUACUGCAAAUGUUCAAGUAGGUUCUCAAGCAAAGAAAGAAAAUGCUGCAGAACAUUGAUUUACCAAAUUUUUUAAUUUAAAUUUUUAAUUUAAAUUUUCAAUUGCCUUGAGGUCUUUCUGUGCAACCCUUGACUUCAGUAGUGUCAUUUGCUGUAAAGUGGCCAAUAUUGUUGAACUUGUUAUCUGCCACUCAUCUCUGAUUUGAUUUUUGGAUUGUAACCCUAAAUAAUACAGAUGAAAAAUGGAAGGAACCAUAGAUAAUAAUGUUGUAGAGCUUGAAUUGACACAAAGGUUUUGCUGACUUUAACAUUUCAUGAUACUAAGAGGCUAUAUUUUCACCUUCACAAUUUCUUCAAAGCAGCUCAAUAAAUCAAUUCUUGCAAUAAAAUUAUAUUUGUCUACACCUGUAUUUUCAUUAAUACUUUGAGGUUGCAGGAUGUAAUUGACAAAAUCUGAUGGAUCAAUGCAAUCAGUCUUGAGACUCACAGCUGACUGAGUCUCUGGGCUUUGUUUUUACAGUACCAUAUUACAUUCUGUAGACGUUUAAGAGAGUAAGGUCCAGCAACUAGUCCUCAAGUGUGCAAAUGGGAUUAAUGUGGAUGGUCAAAAAAUGUUAGUAUGGAUGUGGUGAGCUGAAAAGUACAUGAUUGUCCAAAACUGAAGGUCUAAUCACCUGAAAUAAUCAUCACAUUUGAUAUACAAGAGAAACACUUUACAAGCUCAGCAUCCAUUGUUAGAAUUGCUCAAUAACUAUUAGCCCACCAAAGGACCUUCACUACAGGUUUCAGAGAAAACAUAGAAAACCUACAACACAAUAUAAUACACAAAGCUGUGCUGAACAUGUCCCUACCUUAGUGCUACCUCGGCUUACUCAUAGCCCCCUAUUUUUCUAAGCUCCAUGUUCCUGUCCAGGAGUCUCUUAGAAGACCCUAUAAUUUCUGCCUCCACCACCAUUGCCGGCAGCCCUUUCCAUGCAUUCACCACUCUCUGUGUAAAAAACUUACCCCUGACAUCUCCCCUGUACCUGCUUCCAAGCACCUUAAAACUGUGCCCUCUCAUGCUAGCCAUUUCAGCCCUGGGAAAAAGCCUCUGACUAUCCACACGAUCAAUGCCUCUCAUCAUCUUAUACACCUCUAUCAAGUCACCUCUUCAUAUUCUCUUGUACUCACAGAACAAACAUUAUAGUUUUCUGUUCUCAGAGAGGAUUUUGAUCAUUAAAACAACUUUGUCAAUGAUUAGGAGCAAUACUUUUACAAAGAUUACAAAUAAAAAGCUCACAAACUUUGCCAUCUUGCAAAAUAUUUACUGUUUCAUAAAAGAGCAAUUUCAAUGAUGUUAUUUAUUACAGGCAUCAAGUCAGAUAGUGUCGUUUGACAUGAGUAGUCCAAAUUAGUAAAUGAUUGAUUAGCAGUGCUAACCAUUGCUUAAAUUCUUGCUUUGUAUAUAUUUAUAAAGUAGUUACAUUGAUGUAAUGAUUUUUUUUCAGAU